AUGAGUGAUAUCAGUAUUUAUGUAACCUCCGACUUAACGUCAUCUGAAAGGAAGGUUUCACCUCAAUGGAGCUUGAAAUACUUUCAAGAGCGUUUGGAAUUGAUCACUGGGAUCCCUGUGAAGUUUCAAACCAUCCAAUUAUACGCUAUUUCCAAUUCUGACAAAUUCGAUGUAUUGAUAGAUUCCCUGACUCCUGAAGCCUAUAAAGCCAAUACAGACGUCAGCAGUUUGGGAUUGAAACCAUUUUGUAGAAUCAACGUAGAAGAUUCGAAUCCUGAUUCUGAUCUCAAGGAUUUAAUUGAUUCAGAAGUUAAAGGAUUUGAAAUGACAGAAGAAGAAUAUCAGAAACGUAAUAAUACAGUUUUAAAAUGGAAGCAAGACAAUAAGCUCGGAAGAUUCAAUCCAGACGCUGUACAAGAAAAGCAACAAAGGUCCCAAGAAGAUGCUCAAGCAGUUGAAACAAUGAAAGUAGGUGAUAGAUGUAGAGUCAUGCGUAUCCAAGGGGAAAGAAGAGGAACCAUCAGAUUCAUCGGAGAAAUUUCCCAAUUAGACGAUGGUUAUUGGGUUGGUAUAGAGUUUGAUGAACCUGCAGGUAAGAACAACGGUCUGAUUGGAGAUCAAUCAUUCUUUCAAUGUAAACCCAAACAUGGUAGUUUCGUUAGACCUGCUAAAGUCGAAGUAGGUGAUUAUCCCGAAUUAGAUCUCUUCAGUGAUGAUGAAGAACUUUGA